UGCUCUUCUCUCUCUAAGGGCCAACUUCUCGCCUAUUUAUUUGACUCUUUCAACAUUCCCUCGAACUCCACUUGAAGCUAACCCAGGAAAAAAAAACACAAGACUUGUUCCUACAGAACAUCCAAGUCUCAAGAUACUUGGAAAGCUAUGGAGUUAGAGCUUGAUGAUGAUCUCUUCUUUGCAGACAUAAGCAAACAGAUCUCUCUUCUCAUCAUGGAUGAAGAUGAACAGUUAAACCCUGUUUCUCUCUCCUCCUCCUCCGACUCUCUCUCAUUCCAGGGUAUGUUCAGAGGAGGCUACCAAACGGUUCCAUAUAUGUAUCGUCAAGAACAGAGCAAAGGGACUGGUGUGUUCAUCCCGAAAUCUUCUCAUCCCAGAAGAAGGCCUCAUCAUAAGAACGGUAGGUUUAGUUCCUUCAACGCCAAGCAACAACACUCUCUUCAUCAAAACAGACAACAGUAUCAUGACAACUCAAGAAGUACUGUCACCACUCACAACAACAACAAUAACAACAAGAGCAGCAUGAUAGCUAGUAACGUUCAUGCUUCUAUCCCAAGAAGAACCUACAGAGAUGCAGCAUCUAUCUACACUUGAUUAAUUUAACAAAUAUUCUGCAAAAUUUAUGGGUUUUGUGUGAUUGAUUCAUAUAAGUAAUAUUCUUUAUUUAUAGAUGCAUAAGAUUUAUUUGUUUGUAAAUCAGCGAAGAAUAAGGAAGGUCUUGGAGAUUUGUUCCAAGUGUGUUAUUGUUUGAAUGUAACUCUUUUUCAUGUCAUUUUUAGAGAGAUUCACUGACUUCUCCAAAUGUAAAAGUUGAAGGAUUUAAUUAAAA